AUCUUCGCCGGCGCAACAAGCGGCAUCGGCGCCGCCACUUUCACAUCCAUAACUUCAAUUCUGUGUAAUCCAACCCUCUACAUCCUGGGCCAAUCAGCAUCACACUUCACAAUUCAGUGAGGAAAACCAUAUUCCUGAACCCAGACGCCAGGAUCGUUCUCCUCGAAGUCGAUGUUUCAUUGCUAUCGGAUGUUGACAAAUCUUGUAAACAGAUUCAAAGGGAUGAGAGGAACGUGGAUUAUCUAUAUAUGAGCGCGGGUUUGGUGCUGCUGAACAAAGCGGAGUGUGCGUCAAUUGCCGAUGAAUGGGCUGCAAAUGCUAACGGUUGCAGAUACAAAAGGUCUGGAGAUCUGCUUCGCGCUGUCAUACUACACCCGCAUCCACCUCAUCUCAAAUCUUCGGGGGUGUUUUGGAUAAUGGUCCUCGCGACUAUCUGCAGUGUUGUGAAAGUGGUUAUGAAUAUUUUUGGUGUCUCUGCAGAAGAGAGCAGGGGGGGACAGGCUUAUCAUCUUAUAUAUAGUAAUUUUGGUCGGGGGCAUGUGUGGCGGAUUGAUAAUAAGAAUGAAGUGAUUAGAAGGGAUGGUAUUUUGGGAAGGUAUUGGAAGGGUGCAUGGCCUGAGAGGAUUUGAAAGGGUGUUUGAGAAGGC